AUGGCGGAAAUUUUGAAAGCUCGGGAGACGUCUCCCGCAAUGUCCGAAGACGAUAUUAAUCUCUGGACCAAGAAAAUUCUUACUUCCGCCGGCUUUGUUUCCAUUUCUAUGGGACGAUUCGAUGAAGCCAAGACGUUCUUUGGUCAGUGUGGCAUAAAUUUCGAGGAAAUCUCGAGGACGCUGAUGAAAUACGGCAAGAUUCCAUCCAGCCAUCUGCAGAUUAAGGACGCGGAGCCUAUCGAGGAAAAAUUCUCAAAACGAGUAGCUUCAGAAAACGCAGUCAAAUAUUUCAUGCUGAAUUCAAUCGACACUUUCACUAAAACGAGUUCCUCCCUCAUUUGCGAUGUGUACCUCGAAAUGCUGAUCAAUCAAAAGGAUACCAAAGUCCUAUCUCGUGCAAUAGAUGAGAUUUUCUUCUCGGGAAUUUCCAUUUCUUGGGACUUUUUACUUUCCCUGUUUCAAGAUGGCGACCAGGACUUGGUAUUUCCGCUAGCAAAGAUACUUUGGUUUUCCGGCGACCAUGAAAAAUCACUGAAACGACUUCUUCAAAUAAUUUCUGAAGACACGAAAGAGAACUCCCUAAGUCACGAAAUCGAAGAUUUCAUCAAUUUCAUCCUUUCCCAAACAAAUGAUCCGUCAGUUCUUGAGACCUUCAUUUCGUUUUUGGACGAAAUCAUCGUUGUCAGCCCCGAAUUGGCUUUCCGAGUUAUCAAGGCUACCGAUGUCAGCGAUCAAGUUGUGAUGAAGAAGAUCACAAAGUCAAGAGCUCUGAAAAUUCGUUACUUGGAACAUCUUGUUGAGCAGUCGACAACAAAAAAGUUCGUGUACGAGGAACUCCUCAAAGAGUAUUACAAGGGAACGGAAAAAGAUUUCAAGAAGUUUUUACAUUUGACGGAAAACCCUGAAACUUGGAAAUUCGUUCGAGCAAAGAAAUUGAUGGAAUUGGACUUUGGCACAAGUGUUCAUGGCUUACUGGCCAAGUGUAGCGUUUUUGGCGAAGUCGGGGAAAGAAAAUUAACGUUUCAGCCUCUCAUAAACGGCGGAUAUUUCGAAGAGCUUGAGGAAUUUACUUUCAGAAGAGGCCCAGAUGCGUUAACGGAACUAGCCGAAUAUCUUCUGGAAAAUGACUUUCCUCAGACAGUCGACUUUCUCGGCAAAUUCGGAAAAUAUAUCGACGGAAAAGCGAUAUUGAAUCUUCUUCCAGCUGAUGCUCCGAUCUCCAAAUAUUCCAAAAUCAUGAGGGCCAUAUCUGCAGCUUCUUCUCAUCGAUCCAAAAUUAUUCAAACGCAGAAUGCUCUUCUGACGGAGACAUUGCUCACAGUAAUGGAAGACAUAAAGGACAAAAAUAUUAUGCUCGAAAGAUCAGAGGAAAACUGGAGGAAUAACCAGUGCAAAGUGUCCGGUAAAAGGAUACAAGAUGAUUUCUAUCUUUAUCCUAAAGGAUAUGUUUGCCUACCCUCAGCUGCCGCCUCACCCUUCGUAUGCCCGUUGUCCGGAACUCUUCUCUCUUCUUUAACAGCUGCCGAAAAGUCAUAA